AUGCGGGGCUCUUUGACUUUGUCGGCUCUCCUCCUCUCUCUUCCUUCCUCCUUCACGGUCCUUGCUUCAGAACAACAACCUUUUGUAUACGGCGAGAUGUCUGCACCACAAUACACACUCCCCCCGCUACCAUAUGCCUACGAUGCAUUGGAGCCGCAUAUCUCCGCUCAAAUCAUGGAGCUGCACCACAGCAAGCACCAUCAAACCUACAUCACCAACCUAAACGGUCUUCUCAAGACACAGGCAGAAGCUGUUACUACCUCCGACAUCACCUCGCAAGUCUCCAUACAGCAGGGAAUCAAGUUCAACGCUGGUGGACACAUCAAUCACUCCCUCUUCUGGCAGAACCUCGCUCCAGCUAGCUCCAGCGAGGCUAAGAGCUCUGCUGCACCCGGGCUACUCAAGCAAAUCAAGGCGACAUGGGGAGAUGAGGACAAGUUCAAGGAAGCUUUCAAUGCCGCUUUGUUGAGCAUCCAGGGAAGUGGUUGGGGCUGGCUCGUCAAGACUGAGAUUGGCAAGGAGCAGAGGCUAUCUAUCGUGACGACCAAAGACCAGGAUCCUGUUGUCGGUAAAGGCGAGGUUCCCAUCUUCGGUGUUGACAUGUGGGAGCACGCAUACUACCUCCAGUACCAGAACGGGAAGGCCGCAUAUGUACAGAACAUCUGGAACGUCAUCAACUGGAAGACAGCUGAGGAGCGUUACCUCGGCUCUCGCGCGGAUGCCUUUAGCGUCCUCAAGGCUUCCAUCUAAGUCAUUUACACGUCUGGAAAGCAGGAUAAAUAAUGCAAAGUAUAUCUAUGAUUGCGAUAGAUUAGCACAAGGAUAUCAUCGCUUGCGUAUAUGUAACAUUCAUCUCGGAGCACCCUGGUGGAUGUUAGCGCGUGUUUCGGCCAAUCGGGUACUCCCGUCUGUAACUUGCUCAAAGAGUCUCAUUCACACUCAAAUACCAAACACUACGAGACAAGCAU